AUAAGCGUAUUAAACAUGAAUAACAAACAAUAAAUACCAAAACAGAGACAAAUAUUUACAAAAUAGUUGUUCCAUUCCAUUCUGCUCCAUCAUGGUUGUUGUUUCCAGUCUUUGUGCUAAUGUAGCUAACUAUGUCUUGGCUAAAGCUUCAUAUUAACCGUACAGACAUGAGAGAGCUAUAUUAAAUUUAGAGCUAUAGGGGUGUGCAUAUAUAAAGAAAUUAUUUAUUUUAGCUUUAUUUAAGAAAAGAUGAACUCCUAAAAACACAUCCUCUUUUACUGCAGUUGAGCUUCGGAUAAUAUCCACCAUAAUGUAACCCUCGGACAUAUGUAGAAAAGUAGAAAAAAAAAUCUCAUUACUGGUUAAAAUGUGGGUAGUCAUUGGAUUCACUAAUUCUGUCUAAGCACCUGCAGUCCUCGCUGACUUCCACCAGGUGGAAACGCUGCACAGCAUUUGGAUGCUGACAGUGGACAUUACGUAAGCUGAGAUUUCCCCCAAAGUGCUCUGCACAGUCACUCUCUGACCUCUUUGUGGACUGUCACGUCCUUCCGGAGCCGCUGAGGCCAUUAGCAUCUGUCAGGAUUAGACAGCAAAGACUCUGAAGCUUGUCACACACACACACACACACAAAAAAAAAACAUACAAGGGAGUGUUUUCUGCUUGAGACACCCAUCCCACUUUAAACUCAACAUUGUGGCUGUCCGCAUCCAGCCUGAGCAACUCAUUCAAUUCAAUUCAAUUUUAUUUAUAGUGUGAAAUCAUAACUGGAGUUAUCCCAGGACACUUUACAGAUAGAGUAUGUCUACAUCACACUAUAAUUUGCAAAGACCAAACCCCCCCACCCACACACACACACACACACACACACACACACCCCCAAUCCACCCACUCACCCCAAGAGCAAGCAUUUGUCCACGCAGCAACGUCUGUGUUAAUGUCUUUUCCUGGAUACUGUUUAUUGUAAAGCCUAUUGUUUUGCAGAAUAUGCUACCAAUUUAGCAUCAUAACAGUGUGUUUUAUAUUAAGAUAAUAAAAUAUCAUAAAGAUCACUGUAAACUCAUCGUUGACCUCCACUGAUGUCUUUCUGAGAAUGCUCCUUUUUUUCAUUGUUAUAGCCUAUUUGUGAUUAUGAAUCAAUGUACUGACAUAAUCUAUGAGGGCCACACCUUUCUCCUCAUCCGCUUGGCACAUUUUAGCCUAUACCUGGAGGAUUGCUAUGGCAACAGGUUGCCAGUAGCGACUACAUCCCUGCCUGUGUGUCUGCGGGGAUGAGCGGCGCGUCAGGACGAGAAGAAAACAACAAGCGGAGCAGCAGAGGGUUUGGUCUGCGCGGGCUCAGUCAGCAAAAAAAAAACAGAAAAAUAACCACUGUCAGGCUUUUUUUUCUGUCAUAAAGUGAGGAGCCCCGCGGCCAGCAAGGACGGUCGUUGUUGUUGCUUCGAGUCUGGAAACAGAAAGGUCGGAUGUGCCAGGAUGGAGAGCCACCGCUGACGGAGAUUCCCGAGCUCCACUGAUAACAACAGGUCUUAUCCACUGAGCCCAUCUUCCCCUCCCAAAUCUUUAAGCAACCGACAAAGAGCUGGAGCCGAGACGGUCAAGCAUGGAUGUGCCCAGGAUGGCUGAAGGCCUCUUCAGCAGCACGCUGUCCUCGUCAGGCGGCGGCCACCAUGUGUCUUCCUACCUGACGCUGGAGCAAAAGGCCGCCUUCGUCUUUGUGCUGCUGCUCUUCAUCUUCCUGGCCCUGCUCAUCGUGCGCUGCUUCCGCAUCCUGCUGGACCCGUACCGCAGCAUGCCCUCGUCCAACUGGACGGACCACACCGAGAAGGACACGUUCGAUUACCGCAUCGUCUGAGGAGCCCUGAGCAUGCAUUACAUUUACACAAAUUAGAAGAAAAAAAAAGACUAAUUUGAUGUUUAAAGAGCACUUUGGCCCGAAGAACAGAUGACUGCCGAUUCACCAGGAAAACAACAGCUUUUAGAGAAAUCUUCUGAAAGCUUGACAGAAAAGAAUUUCGAUGGCAGAUUGUCGUCGAAAUGAGCGCUAACCAGAGUUCAACUUCAGCUUCUCCCUGCCAAAUCUGAAAAUUCUGAACUGUCACAAGAAAACCAGAACUAUGCUAUGAAGAUUAGCGAUCAAACCCUCAGUCCAAGCGAUGCACCAAAACCAGUUAGGGUUACCCAUAACUUUCAUUCCCUUCCAUCAGUUCCCUUGUGGACUACCUCGUUCCUCCUCCUCCAUCUCGUGUGUGGAAGACUUAGUGUUUUCUCACAUGUCACACAGGGUCGAAUAUCUUAUGAGGUCCAAGCAGUUUGAUGAUAACAGUGUUUACAUCUAGUCAUGUUUACGUCCUUAGAUUUUUAUUGAUAAUGUAGACAAUCAGUGUUUAAAAUAGUUGGUGAAAAAACGAGUUACUAGUUGAGGUUGUUGAGAUCUUUCGUUUUUAGCGUAUUUUGUCUUAAUUUGUGGACAGACACGAGAGGUCCAAAAGACUGCUAUGAUUCAGGCGAAGAGGAAUUUAAUGCCUUAUGUCUUUGUCAGAUAUAUGGAUGGUUGUUACCUUCUAGACAGUUGGGUAAAACUGGUAUCAAGGUCCUAAAGCAGGUUAAAUAAUCACAAAGAAGGAAACUGUCGUGGAAAAAGUUCUCCCUUUAAUGUUUUGGAAAGGUUUGGACCGAUAGGUGCGAGCUGCCAGUAUCUACAAGUGUUCUGUGUGUAUGUGAUACAAAUCAAUUUGUCCUUUAAGUCCUGGAGGGCCCUUCCGGUGUCCACGUCUUUUAUAGCGUCGACAGCCAAAAGAGGUAGUGAAGAAAACAACGUUUACUGUGCUGUACCGUGUGCCUAAUUUGAAAAAAAGUUGAUGUUUUAGGAAAAAGAAAGAAUGUGGGUUCAAAUGUCUGUCUUUAAAUGUAGUUUUUUUUUUUGUGUAGUGCCCGUUUAAAAAAAAACUGAAACAGCAUUUUACUGCCUGCGGUUGGUAUAUUGACAGUUGGUGUGCCAGAUCUGCAGAGUGUUGAUGAUGAAGAUGACGAGGCAUUUUCACAUCAAACCCUUUACAAACUGAUGUGGCUCUUUUGUCGGGCAAUUUUUCAACUGUGCGCCUUAUAGUGUAGACUGUUUACAGCAUCGUAGGUAGCGGAGACGCUGGAAAUCAGCCAACACUGAUGCGACUGUGUCUUUGCACUUCACGGAGAUGUCAUACACCCUGCUAAAAAAAUAAGAAGAAGGAAAAAAACAUUCCCUGUUCUUGUUCCUGCCGGGACAGGAAGCGAACUCUGACCCUUUCGGCGACGUGUGAUGUGCUUGUGAUCUGCUGUGGCCUUUUCCUACCUAUCGCAGAUGUUGCGGUGUUGUGCUGAGGUGAUGUGUCCCCCCCCCCUUCUCCCCCCGCGCAUGUAGUAUUCUCUCCGUGCAUGAUAAAUGGUGAAGCGCUUUGAUCCUGAUGUUGUAGCUGUGGGUCAGUUGCUCAAACACCUAUUUCCUUUCUGUACUGGGGCCUUUUGUUUCAAUCAGUUUUUCGCCUGGAGCCACUGUUCUUUUUCUAAUAAAAAUGUUCAGAGUG